ACGGGUGAUCGCGUCUUUUACUUAUCACCCGUGGGCAAACCAGCCGAAAUAUCGUUGUAAGUUAAUUGAUAUUCAUGGAUCAUUUGAUUGGUCAUCAUAUGAUUCCAUCGCAAAACCUCGAUGGCAUUUCAACCAAUCAGAAUUCUUAUAACGUAUCAGUGUUCGGCUAUCGUAAACAUGGCGGGCAAGUUUCAAAAUGUGUGUAAAAGGUUCAGUUUAGAUGCGUUAAAACCUUUCCAGGAGGAAACAAUUACACAGCUGUUGAAAGGCAGGGAUUCAUUUCUUUCCGUUAAAACAGGCGGUGGCAAAAGUAUUUGCUAUCAAGGUUUCCAGCUGAUGUGGACGGAAUUGAACGGAUGCGAAUGCAGUGUUUUGAUAGUUUCGCCAUUGCUUUCGAUAAUGAAAGAACAAUGUGAAUACUUGAAAUCUUGUGAUUUUACCUCAACGUAUAUUGGCAGAGAUAGUAGCGAAGACAUAGACAUUAUCAAUGGUAAUUUUCAAUUCCUGUUUGCUUCACCGGAAUCCAUUUUGUCUGUAAAUAAGUGGAGGGACAUGCUCGUUGCUAGCAAACAUUUCAAACUGUUCGUCGUCGAUGAGGCCCAUACUGUAUUGCAUUGGGGUGAAAGUGAAAUCGAGAUGGAGCCUUUCCGUAUCUGGUACAGCAAGCUAGGCGAAAUCAGAUCCCUAAUACAGUGUCCUGUCCUGUUGAUAACUGCAACAGCUAACAGAUCAGCUCGAAUGGAAAUGCAGAAGAAGUUUUGCAUGAUAGAUUGUCAUGAAAUUAUUCAAAAUCCUGAUAGAGAAAAUAUCAAGCUGUUUGUUCAUAAAUUUAAGAGCACAGUUUCACAUGGAGACAUUUUCUACUUUCUUAUUCACUUGUUAAAAAAGGACAAAGAACUGUGUGAAAGAUUUUUGAUAUUCUGUCCUUCAAUUAAAACAUGCAGUGAAUUAUUUUCUGCCUUAAGGAUGAAACUUGGGCAUAUCAUUAAGCAUGUUGACAUGUUUCAUUCACAAUCACCAGACACAGUUAAAGAAAAGAUUAAAGAAGACAUGAGUGUAGAGAGUGGUAACAUCAGAGUUUUAGUUGCAACAAGUGCAGCAGGGAUGGGAGUGAAUUUCAGAUCGGUUAAAUAUGUUAUAAAUUAUGGACCUCCUAAAGAUAUGGAUGGAUUUGUCCAACAGUUCGGUAGAGCAGGUCGUGAUGGAGGAGUGGCCAUGGCCUUGUUACUUUUUAAUGGUAAACAGUGUAGAAAUUUGGAUGAAGACAUGAAAACCUAUACUCAAAAUAAAGAAACUUGUCGUAGGGACAUCAUACUUUCAGCAUACAAAUCAAAAUCUGACCCCAAAAGAUUAAGGCACAUGUGCUGUGAUAUUUGUGAUGUCCAAUAUGAUUGUAAUAGUACUGACUGUUCAAAUUUUAAACAUCCAUUUUAUAAAUACGAAUUGCCUGUGUGUUCUUCAGAUUCUGAUAAUAGUGCUGACGACAUGUUUGACGACGAUUCAGAUUAAAACAAAUCAUUUCAUUA